CGCCCCCUCGGCGGGUCAUUUCCUCCGCCUGCUCAGCUCCGCCUUCCCUUCGCUUCAGGCCGGCCACGCUGCCGCCGCCUUACCUCGCGGUCCCAUUGCACCCCCGCCCCCUUUGCUUGCCUCCCGCCUCUCUCCGCUUCUUCCUCCUCCUCCGUCGGUCGGUGCGCCCUCGUGCCCGGCGGAGCGAUGGGCAGCCUGGUGCUGGAGGACGGGACGGUGCUGCGAGGGCGCCCCUUCGGAGCCACCAAGGCCGCCGCCGGGGAAGUGGUCUUCCAGACGGGCAUGGUGGGUUAUCUCGAGGCAUUGACGGACCCCUCCUACAAAUCCCAGAUCUUGGUGCUGACUUAUCCUCUCAUUGGGAAUUACGGCGUCCCACCGGAUGAGCAGGAUCAGUACGGGCUCAGCCGAUGGUUUGAGUCCAGCUGCAUUCAUGUGGCCGCGCUGAUCGUAGGCGAGUGCUCCCGAAAUCCCAGCCACUGGAGCGCUAUGUGCUCGCUUGACAGCUGGCUGCAGGAAAAAGGGGUUCCUGUCCUGGAAGGAGUGGACACGCGGGCCUUGACCAAGAGGAUCCGAGAAAAGGGGACUCUGCUGGGUAAACUGGUGCCAGAUGGCGUCCAUAACGCACACCUGCCCUUUGAGGAUCCCAACAAGAGGCACUUGGUGAAGGAGGUUUCGCUGCAAGAGCCGCGCCUGUUCAACCCUGGUGGGUCCGUCAGGAUCAUGGCGGUUGACUGCGGUCUGAAAUACAAUCAGAUCCGGUGCUUGUGUGAGCGUGGGGCAGCCGUGACGGUGGUGCCUUGGGAUCACCCGCUCGACAGUGCAGAAUUCGAUGGGCUGUUUGUCAGCAAUGGUCCCGGGGACCCGCAGGCCUGCCAAGUGACGGUUGCCAACUUGCGCCGUGUUCUGGAGCUGCCAACUCCGAAGCCCGUUUUUGGCAUCUGCCUGGGCCAUCAGCUGCUGGCUUUGGCCAUUGGGGCAAAAACCUACAAGAUGAAGUACGGAAACCGUGGCCACAACCAGCCCUGCCUCCACGAGGGCUCCCAGCGGUGCUUCAUCACCUCCCAGAACCACGGCUUUGCAGUGGACGUGGCUGGCUUGCCCGCCGGCUGGUCCCCCCUCUUCACCAACGCCAACGACCGUUCCAACGAGGGUCUUGUUCACGACUCAAAGCCUUUCUUCAGUGUCCAGUUCCACCCAGAGCACAACGCUGGACCGGCAGACCUCGAGUGUCUCUUUGACGUCUUCCUAGAGACGGUUCAGGACCUGAUGGCUGGAAGGCAAAGCCCUGAGACAGUGCGGGAGCGUCUGCAGCACUGCCUCCGCUUUGCAGAAGCCCCGCCUACCAGUGAUGUGCCCCACCCCCACAAGGUGCUCAUCCUGGGGUCAGGGGGCCUCUCUAUAGGGCAGGCGGGUGAGUUUGACUACUCUGGCUCCCAGGCCAUCAAAGCCCUGAAGGAAGAAAGCAUCCAGACGGUGCUGAUCAACCCCAACAUUGCCACCGUGCAGACCUCCAAAGGCCUGGCUGACAAGGUCUACUUCCUGCCCAUCACCCCUGACUAUGUUGCGCAGGUGAUAAAGAACGAGCGCCCAGAUGGGAUCUUGCUCACGUUUGGAGGCCAGACGGCCCUGAACUGCGGCGUGGAACUGACUAAGGCUGGGGUGCUGGAGCGCUACCGUGUGCGUGUCCUGGGCACUCCAGUGGCCUCCAUUGAGAUGACAGAGGACCGCAAGGUCUUUGUGGAGAAGAUGGAGGAGAUUGGGGAACACGUCGCUCCCAGCGAGGCCGCCUGCUCCCUUGAACAGGCACAAGUGGCAGCUGAACGGCUUGGCUACCCAGUGCUCAUGCGCUCGGCCUAUGCGCUGGGCGGGCUGGGCUCUGGCUUUGCCAACGGGCGGGAGGAGCUGACAGCGCUGGUGAACCAGGCCUUUGCCCAUACAUCGCAGGUGCUGGUGGACAAGUCGCUCAAGGGCUGGAAGGAAAUUGAGUAUGAGGUGGUACGAGAUGCCUACGACAACUGUGUCACGGUGUGCAAUAUGGAGAACUUGGACCCUCUGGGCAUCCACACUGGGGAGUCUAUCGUGGUGGCCCCCAGCCAGACACUCAACGACAGGGAGUACAACCUCCUACGCACCACGGCCAUCAAGGUGGUUCGGCACCUGGGGAUCAUUGGCGAGUGCAACAUCCAGUAUGCGCUGAACCCUGAAUCUGAGCAGUACUACAUCAUAGAAGUGAAUGCCCGACUCUCGCGGAGUUCAGCGCUGGCAAGCAAGGCCACUGGCUACCCCUUGGCCUACGUUGCCGCCAAGCUGGCUUUGGGCAUCCCGCUGCCUGUCCUCAGGAAUUCAGUCACCAACUCCACCACUGCCUGUUUUGAGCCCAGCCUGGAUUACUGUGUCGUCAAGAUCCCACGCUGGGACCUCAGCAAGUUUCUGCGGGUCAGCACCAAGAUCGGGAGCUCCAUGAAGAGCGUGGGCGAGGUGAUGGCCAUUGGCAGGAGCUUUGAGGAGGCCUUCCAAAAGGCACUGCGCAUGGUGGAUGAGAACUGCGUGGGCUUCGACCACACUGUGGAGCCAGCCUCUGACAUGGAGCUGGAGACUCCCACAGACAAGAGGAUCUUUGUCUUAGCGGCUGCCCUGCGUGCCGGCUACUCCAUCGAGCGCCUCUACCAGCUGACCAAGAUCGACCGCUGGUUCCUGCACAAGAUGAAGAACAUCACUGACCACGCCCUGCGCCUGGAGUCGUACCGUCAGGCUGAGCCUGGGGCCAUGCCGCCUGCCGUGCUCAAGCUGGCCAAGCAGCUGGGCUUCUCCGAUAAACAGGUGGCCCAGGCUGUGCUCAGCACGGAACUGGCUGUGAGGAAGAUGCGACACGACCUGAAGAUUCUGCCAGUGGUGAAACAGAUUGACACCGUGGCGGCUGAGUGGCCAGCUCAAACCAACUACCUCUACCUGAGCUACAACGGGACCGAGCACGACCUGCCUUUCCGGGAGCCGCAUGUCAUGGUCAUCGGCUCCGGCGUCUACCGCAUUGGCAGCAGUGUGGAGUUUGACUGGUGUGCUGUCGGCUGUAUCCAGGAGCUCCGCCAGAUGGGCUACAAAACCAUCAUGGUGAACUACAACCCGGAGACCGUGAGCACCGACUAUGACAUGUGCGACCGGCUGUACUUUGACGAGAUGUCCUUCGAGGUGGUGAUGGACAUCUAUGAGCUGGAGAACCCUGAGGGCGUGAUCCUCUCCAUGGGGGGGCAGCUCCCCAAUAACAUCGCCAUGGCCUUGCACAGGCAGCAGUGCCGGAUCCUGGGCACCUCCCCAGAGGCCAUCGACUCGGCUGAAAACCGCUUCAAGUUCUCCCGUCUUCUGGACACCAUCAGCAUCAGUCAGCCCCUCUGGAAGGAGCUGUCAGACAUGGAGUCGGCCAAGCAAUUCUGCUGCAAGGUGGGAUACCCCUGUGUGGUGCGUCCCUCGUACGUGCUCAGUGGAGCCGCCAUGAAUGUGGCUUACACAGACAAUGACUUGGAGAGGUUCCUGAGCAACGCUGUUGCCGUCUCCAAGGAGCAGCCCGUCGUCAUCUCCAAGUUCAUCCAGGAGGCCAAGGAGAUUGACGUGGAUGCUGUGGCCUGUGAUGGACAGGUGGUGGCCAUUGCCAUCUCCGAGCACGUGGAGAAUGCUGGCGUGCACUCGGGAGAUGCCACGCUGGUGACGCCACCGCAGGACAUCACGCCCAAGACGCUGGAGCGGAUCAAGGCCAUUGUGCAUGCCAUUGGGCAGGAGCUGCAGGUCACGGGACCCUUCAACCUUCAGCUCAUUGCCAAGCAUGACCAGCUGAAGGUGAUCGAGUGCAACGUGCGGGUCUCGCGGUCCUUCCCCUUCGUCUCCAAGACUCUGGGCGUUGACCUGGUGGCUCUGGCCACGCAGGUGAUCAUGGGUGAAGAGGUGGAGCCAGUGGGACUCAUGGCGGGCACGGGCAUCGUUGGCGUCAAGGUGCCCCAGUUCUCCUUCUCGCGGCUGGCGGGUGCUGAUGUGGUGCUGGGCGUGGAGAUGACCAGCACUGGCGAGGUGGCCUGCUUUGGUGAGAAUCGCUGCGAGGCCUACCUCAAGGCCAUGCUGAGCACCGGCUUCAAGAUCCCCAAGAAGAACAUCCUGCUGACCAUCGGUAGCUACAAGAACAAGAGCGAGCUGCUGCCGACGGUACGCACCCUGGAGGGCCUGGGGUACAGCCUGUAUGCCAGCCUGGGCACCGCUGACUUCUACACAGAGCAUGGCAUUAAGGUGAUGGCCGUGGACUGGCAUUUUGAGGAAGCCGAUGGCGGCGAAGUGGCCGGCAAGGAAAACCAGCAGCGCAGCAUUUUGGACUACCUGGCAGAGAAUCACUUUGACCUGGUCAUCAACCUGUCCAUGCGCAACUCGGGCGGGCGCCGCCUCUCCUCCUUCGUCACCAAAGGGUACCGCACCCGGCGCCUGGCCGUCGACUACUCCGUCCCACUCAUAAUUGACAUCAAGUGCACCAAGCUCUUCGUUGAGGCUCUUGGCCAGAUUGGGGGGCCCCCUCCACUGAAGAUGCAUGUGGACUGCAUGACCUCACAGAAGUUGAUCCGCCUGCCAGGGCUGAUUGAUGUCCAUGUGCAUUUGAGAGAGCCAGGAGGCACCCACAAGGAAGACUUUGCUUCGGGCACAGCUGCCGCUCUAGCUGGUGGCAUCACCAUGGUCUGUGCCAUGCCCAACACCUCCCCAGCAAUCAUCGAUGCCAGCUCCUUUGCUCUGGUGCAGAAGUUGGCUGAGGGAGGGGCACGCUGCGAUUAUGCGCUCUAUGUGGGAGCCUCAUCAGACAACGCUGGCUCCCUGGGGCCCAUGGCCGGAGCAGCAGCUGGCCUGAAAAUGUACUUGAACGACACCUUCUCAGACCUCAAGAUGGACAAUGUUUCCUUGUGGAUGGAGCACUUUGAAAAGUGGCCCAAGCACUUUCCUAUCGUGGCUCACGCGGAGAAGCAGACAGUGGCCGCCAUCCUGAUGGUGGCCCAGCUGUACCAGCGCCCCGUCCACAUCUGCCACGUGGCCCGCAAGGAGGAGAUCCUGAUCAUCAAGGCAGCGAAGCAGAAGGGCAUUGAGGUCACGUGUGAGGUGGCCCCCCACCACCUCUUCCUGUGCCAGGAGGACCUGGGGCGCAUUGGGGAAGGCCGGGGCCAGGUGCGGCCCAUGCUGGGCACCCGCGAGGACAUGGAGGCGCUCUGGGAGAACCUGGACACCAUCGACUGCUUUGCCACGGACCACGCUCCCCACACGCUGGAAGAGAAGCUUGGGAAGACUCCUCCCCCCGGCUUCCCUGGCCUGGAGACAAUGCUGCCCCUCCUUCUGACGGCGGUUUCCGAGGGGCGCCUCACCGUGGAGGACAUUGUCCAGCGCCUCUACGAGAACCCCCGGCGCAUCUUUGGGCUCCCCGUGCAGGAGGACACCUACAUUGAGGUGGACCUAGAGCAGGAGUGGCUCGUGCCCACCCACACGUCCUUCAGCAAGGCCCGCUGGACGCCGUUCGAAGGGAUGCGGGUGAAAGGGACUGUUCGGCGCGUCAUCCUCCGGGGAGAAGUGGCCUACAUCGAUGGGCAGAUUCUUGUGCCUCCAGGGUAUGGGCAAGACGUGCGAAAGUGGCCCUGCACGGCACCAGCCCCCCUUCCUGCGCCAGCCAAAGAGAUCCUGAAGACCCCCGAGCGCCCCCACCCCACUGUGCAGGCGGAGGCCCUGCGUGGCCGAGCGACCAGCCCCCGCCGAGCGGGUCCAGUGGGAGAUGCAAGAUUCUUCUUGGCCCCCCGCAUCCACCGUGCCUCAGACCCCGGCCUGCCAGCCGAAGACCUCAGGGAAAAAGCUUUCAGGAAGACAGUUGAGCCAGACUUGGCCAUGAUCCAGGAUGGCCCAUUGUACCUGGCAGGGCCCUUGCCCAGACAGACAUCCCCUCAGAGUCUGCCGCACCCCCAGACAUCGCCACUUCUUCACCCCCUGGUUGGGCAGCACGUCCUAUCCGUCAAGCAGUUCACCAAGGGGCAGAUGUCUCACCUGUUCAAUGUUGCACACAACCUACGCAUGAUGGUGCAAAAAGAGCGCAACAUUGACAUUCUCAAGGGCAAGGUGAUGGCCUCCAUGUUCUAUGAGGCCAGCACGCGGACCAGCAGCUCCUUUGCCGCAGCCAUGUCCCGCCUGGGUGGCUCCGUGCUCCCCUUCUCUGAGGCCACCUCCUCCUGCCAGAAGGGAGAGUCGCUGGCUGACUCGGUCCAGACCAUGAGCUGCUACGCAGAUGUCCUGGUGCUGAGGCACCCCCAGCCGGGAGCAGUGGAGCUGGCUGCCAAGCACUGCCGCAAACCUGUGAUCAACGCGGGUGACGGAGUCGGAGAGCACCCUACGCAAGGCCUGCUCGACAUCUUCACCAUCCGCGAGGAGCUGGGCACUGUCAAUGGCAUGACGAUCACCAUGGUGGGGGACCUGAAGCACGGGCGCACGGUCCACUCCCUGGCCCGCCUCCUGACUCUCUACCGCAUCAGUCUGCGCUACGUCACUCCACCCAACCUGCGCAUGCCAGCUGACAUCUUCCAUUUUGUGGCCUCCAAGGGCAUCAAGCAGGAGGAGUUUGAGAACAUUGAGGAGGCGCUUCCGGACACGGAUGUCCUCUAUAUGACCCGCAUCCAGAAGGAGCGCUUUGCCUCGGUGCAGGAGUACGAGGCGUGUUUUGGGCAGUUCAUCCUGACCCCGCACAUCAUGACCCGGGCCAAGAAGAAGAUGGUGGUGAUGCACCCCAUGCCUCGCGUCAACGAGAUCAGCGUUGAGGUGGACUCAGACCCCCGUGCAGCCUACUUCCGGCAGGCAGAGAACGGCAUGUACAUCCGCAUGGCUCUGUUGGCCACUGUGCUCGGUCGGUACUGACACCCGUCUGCCGCAUGGCAGGCUGGGCACAAUUCUGGGCCCAGCUUGGUUCUUCCUUCCAGCCAAGAGGUGGGCCGUUCUGCUGGUCCUGUGGCCACCUUGCUGCUCCACCAACGACCAGGCCGUGCUGCUGGCAGGCAGGGCUUGCGGGGGGGAGGCACAUGGGGAGGGGGAGGGGUUGAUGCAAGGCCAGGCAGAGGCACCAGCUCCCACCCUCCUCCGCUCUCGUCUUCCAGCACCAGAGCCUUUGGGACGGGCUCCAUGGGGCGCUUUGCCUGGCCUCCUUGGGCUGCCCUGGUGGGGUUCCCCUCCUCUAGGACCUGGCCCUGUUGGCUUUGGGUCCAGGUGUGGCAGAAGGAAGGGCUGCUGUGCUCAGGGGAGGCAGCCUUGUGGCUCUUUCCAGGCUGCAAUACAUUCCAGCCCUUCCUGUGACCUGCACCCUGCAGUGACUUUUCUACUCAUAUUGUAAGCCAAGUUGACUGCCUUGUUUUUGUUUCUGUUUUUUUUAAAAAAAAUAAAAAUAGUCGAAUACAA